ACACACUUACUGUCUCUGUCCUUGGAGCCCAGGAAGUGCUCAGCAGUUCUCCUAGCUAAUGAGCUAAUGAGAGGCACAAACGGGAUCCGAACCCACAUCUCCCGAGCAGCGUCCUGCCUGCCAAGCUGCUGAAGGGAGUUAGGCGGCUCUUCAGAGAGACAAUGGGCCAGACAAGGGCAGGACCAGAAAUGGGGGCACCCAGAGGGAGGGAUGCAGAGAGAGGGAAACCUGGAGGCCUCCCAGGACCUUGUUGCCCCUUCGUUCCUUUCUCGCCUGUCCCUGGAGGUAGGGACACAGGCCUUUUGGGGUCUGUGGAAGAUUGUCCUGAGCAAUAACUGCUGGAAAGGGGGACGUGGUAGAUUUGGGACGGGUCCCCUCUCUGAGUCUGAACCCUGCUUUGGGGUGGCUCUGGCAGACACUCACACGACUAGAAUCACCCACCACCCAUGGCACCCCCUCCCUGUCAGUCUGCCCUGUGCUUUCCCGGGCCAUCUCCCCCGACUGAAGAUUCUGCCUGUCUCUUUCCUCCCCACACCCAGCCUCCCCAGGAUGACUAAGGCAACAGCAGGUGUUUGGGGCCAGGAGUCUGGGAGUGUGCGGGGGACCCGGAAGAGCUCCAUGCUGGGGGCAGAGACGUGGGUCUGCUGUUACCCUUGUGAUCUGGGGAGAUCUCGCCUUCCCCGAGACUCAUUCUCCUCAUAUGUAAGAAGGGGCUGGGCCAGGGCUUCCGUGGGACCCCUCUUGCACGCAGUUCUGGGUUCUAAGUCCAACUUCCUUUGUCUUGGAGGACCUCAGAGUCUAUGUCUUGGCCUUGUCGGUUUUCCCAGCUCACAGCCAAGCAGCACUAGCAGCAGAGCUCACCCCUCAGGAAGCCCACCUGCCCCACAAUGGGGGGAAGGCAGGAAGGAGUGGGUUUUAGGAGCAGGCAGUGCAGAAAGUGUGGGCUCAAGCCCCUGCUCUCUCUGGACUUCAGCGGGCUCCCUCUUUCCAGACAGGAUGCUCUCAGUACCUGGAUGGGCCUCUGGGAGAAGACUGGAGGGACAGAACAUACUCUUUUGUUUUUAUAGAGGAACCCGCCAGGGCUGGACAGGAGGAAGCCGUGUGCAUGGAGGCAUGAAACGAGCCCCUGUAAAUCCAUGAAAAUGAGCUGGUGGAGAGAGGGCAGGCCAGGCUCAAGGCUCCUGACCUGUUUUCCCUCCACAAGCAAGAAGCACCGCAAGCCGUGGAUGGUUAUGGACCAAUAGGGCUGUUAGCCUGGGCCCAGAGGCAUGGAGAUCCCCAUGAUAUCGGGGCACCAACAUCAGCCUCUUGGGGCCAGGCUGGGGGGCAGGAGCCAGGCUUGUCCUUCUGUUAAAGACCAAAGACUAAAGACUGUUAAAGACCUAAGCUCAGCUCCGCUGGGGAAGCUAGAGGGAAUGAGAGACUCCUUAUAACUCAAAAGGGCCACUGAAGUUUACCCUGCUGGCCUAUGUCCCUUGUAGGAAGGCCGCUGCCUUCUGGUCUCUCUGCUGCCUGAUGUCCCUGACCCACCAUUUACAGCCCCACACACCCGUGUUUUCUCUAUCCUCACCUCCUUCAGUCCUCUACCCACCAUUGCUCCUGUGAGCCUCUCCCUUCGAAUGCCAGGGGUAAGGUGAUUCCAGGCAGAGAUUUCAGAACGACUUAGAAUUCUCCAGAGGGGUCCUGAACCAUUCCUUCCACCAGAGCCCCUGAUGCCUCAGCCUGCUUGGUCCUGAGCUGCGAGAUGGGGAGGGGGCAGAUGAAGCCUUAGGAUGAGUUGGGCCCUGGGGUCCUGGAUAAGGAAGGCACAGCCCCUGCCCCUGAGACCCUCAACACCUGGUAGGGGAGGCCGAGGUGGGGCUGGAUGGCGAUGAUCCGAGGAAGGAGGUAGCUAACCCAUGGUCGUGGUUGGGAGGUGGUUUGAGUGGGCCUUAGGGGACAAGUAGAAGUCCCUAGGGUGGAGAGUCACUGAAGAAUGGAAGGGGGAACAGCAUUCACGAAGGUCUGGGACUGUAUAAGGGCCCAGAAUGUCCUGGGCUCGGCUGGAGUAGUGUGAGCUCCAGGAAGGCAGAGAGACCUCUGUGAGUUUGGGUGACAGCUGCGUCUCCAGUGCCUGAAACAGUGCCUGCAACACAUUCUUGAUGAAUCUGUGGAUAAGAGGAGAGAGUAUCUGGAAGUGCAGUUGAAUGACUCUCUCAGUGUCAGUUCCUGGGAGCUAAGGCCCUAGAGCUCCACGCUGAAGGUACUAGGGAGCCAUUGAAGGAUUCUGAACAGGGAAAGGGUGAUGAUGUCUCUAAUGAUGGUGAGGAUCAGUGGGGCUUGUUGGGGUUCCAGUUCCCACCCCCUCUCCCAUUCCCAGCCAUUUCCAGCAGCCUCCGCAGCCCAGUUUUAGUCCUUCAUUGUCCGGACGGGGCCCUCCCGGCUGGGGUUCCAGCCAGGAGGUCUGUGGGUGUGGGCCGGUGGAGUGGGGCUGCUGUGGCUAACUCAGGCUCCGGAAACGCUUUAAUGUUGAUAUUGGUUAACUCUGGGAGGAAGAGUCCUUGGGAAGAAAACAAAAACAAAACCACAUUCCCAGGGUUGACAGUGGCCAUAGGCCAGCCCACGCAAGAGGAAAGAGCACAGAACCACACCCGGGAAGCACUUGUCCUGCUGGCGGGUUGGUGCCCUUCUGUAGGACAGCGCCCAGGCCAGGACUGCAGGCCCAGCACCUGAAUAAGGUCCCUGAAGGCCUGGCCUCCCACACGGGCAGUUUAGUUAGGUGGGGCCCCGAGAAUGGGCUCAGAGGGCUUAGGUGGAGCAGAACACAGGCUCUGGGUUCGACCUAUAACCUUGAACAUGUGGGCUAGCACAGCCUGCAACUUUAUCCAGCUCAUGCGCACUGACUCAUGCUCACAGCAGACAUUACUAAUCAAUGGCGGCAUUUCUUUCUCCUGAGCUCAGUGACCUCGGAAUGACAUUCUUUAAGAGCUCCUGAGCCCUCGGGAUGCUCACCUGAACUGAGAGGUGUUGUAAGUCUAAAAGACAUAAUGGGUUUUGAAGAUGUAAGAGGGGGAAAAAAGUUAUUAAUGCAUUGUGACACUGAUGACACUUGGAAGUGAAAACAUUUUGGCUAUAUUGGUUCAAAUAAAAUAUAUUGUAAAAGUUAA